UUAGUUUAUUUGAGUAGUAGAGGAAAUGUAUCGCUAUUUUCCAUUUCCCGAUUCCAUCCCAUCAUCUUCGGUGAUUCUCCGAUCACCUUAAAUCAAUCAACAAAACCUAAUCUACCCGCCACCAAACGGAAUAGAAUCGGUAUCCUCGGAGGUAUUUGGGAUCGAUCGAGUGAGGUGAAUGGAGUUACAGGGAAAAUAUGGCAGACCACAACUAAACCAUUGACACUAUACGAUCAAUGAGACGACUGUCUCCUUCCACUAAGUAUUUCGCUUCCGCCGCAUCAACAGAAACCCCAAUCAUGUCUUCCCGCCCCUUCCACCCAGGCGGUCGCUAUCAACGGGGCAGAGGAUUCUCCUGCCGCCCGACAAACGCUGACGUUAACGGCCACUUGGUUACCGGAGACUCGCACUUCCAGUCAGUUCAGGAAUCUAAUCGAGGGUUCAGGCCUGUGCCGAGAACCAAUAAUGUUUCCUAUCACCGUCCUUACCAAUACAAUCAAAGACCGCAUCUUCCCAGUUCUCAUCCUCAAUAUAAAUCCCAUCCUAUGUUAAAUGCUUCAGCUUCUCCAUAUAAUCCAAUGCAGUCUUCCAAUUUUCAACCUUCCGCUGGCCACGCAGUGCCGUAUUUCUAUCAGAACCAACAAUUCCAGCGGCCGCAACAACAAUUUCAGCCACGAAAGCCUCGACCACCUGUCCAUCGGAACUGGGAAUUAUCAAACUCUGAGUUAGCUCCUGAAUGCGAGCGGUUUAAGGUCCUCUCCUACAACUUGCUUGCUGAUUAUCUGGCUAUCAACCAUCAAAGCAAGCUUUACUUUCAUAUACCUCCUUAUAUGUUGGAUUGGCAAUGGCGUAAGAGGAAUAUCAUUUUUGAGCUCAAAGAACUAUGGUCUGCCGACAUUUUAUGCUUACAGGAGGUUGACAGAUUUCUGGAGUUAGAGAAUGAGCUAAAAUAUUCUGGGUACAGUGGGAUUUGGAAGAUGCGAACUGGUGAUCCAGUUGAUGGCUGUGCAAUAUUUUGGCGGGUAUCAAGGUUCAAGCUACUUCAUGAAGAACACAUUGAAUUUAAAAAGUUUGGACUUCGGGAUAAUGUUGCACAAAUUUGUGUUUUUGAGUCUCUGGACCAGAAUUGUAAUAAAAAUCCAACAGACAUGGCAUCUCAGUCGUUGCGGUCCGCAAGUUCUAACAAACUAGUCGUUUGUAACACCCAUAUUCUUUUCAAUCCUAAAAGAGGAGAGAUGAAACUUGGUCAGAUAAGGAAUCUUCUUGAAAAAGCUUAUGCUACUUCCAAGCACUGGAAUGAUGCUCCUGUUGUAAUUUGUGGAGAUUUUAAUUGUACCCCAAAGAGUCCGCUAUACAACUACAUUUCAAACCAACAGAUUAAUUUGGCUGACCUGCCAAGAGAUAAAUUAUCAGGACAAGCAUCGGCUGAACUUCAAACGCAAAGACAGUUCAAUUCUAAUUUUAGGCCUGACUUAGCUAAUAAUCACAUCCGGCCAACUCUGACAACUGUAGAUCAUAUAAAACUUGGGCAUGUGUACAAAAGCUUGGAUAUAAAAUUGGAUAAAACAGAUGAAUGCAAGGAUGAAAUUCUAUCUAUUAGCUCUACUCCAGGGACCAAGGAAAAUUCUACAACAGAUGAAAUAUCAUGUCAACUUGCGGAUGUCAUAGCAAAAGUUCCCGAAUCACUAAUUAGUUCUCAAUCAGAUGCUACAUCAUCUGAAUUUCCAAAUGGGACUCAAGUCUCCUCCUCUUCAAAGUCAGAAGAAAAUCCGUCAACUAUUUCUGAUGCCGGUGAAAAAAGUAACCCUUCACUCUCAUAUGUCCCCAGUAUCGUGCAAGAAUCAACUGACUGUAGCCUACGAUCUGGAGAAAAAAUGGAGUCUUUGUCAAUCGAUGAGCCUGACAUAGACACUAAUGAAGGUGACAUUAGCGAGGAGGAUAGCGUGAAGUUUCUCUUGGAGUUGCAUGAUAAUGAUGGUGGGGUUCCACUUGAAUUGAAUCCUUCCAUAGGAUCUUCCAUCAGAGAAUCAGACAAUUCUGUUGUGGAAUCUGCAAUGAGAUUUCCAUAUGAUCCAAGUGCAUGGACUCCAAUGGAAAUAAAAGCAGCUAGUGGUAAUGAAGAGUGUACACUUGUUGAACACCCUUUGAAGUUGAGCAGUACCUAUACUGAAGUUCAGGAUCAUUCUGGUAGCAGAGACUCAAAUGGAGAACCCCUUGCAACUAGUUAUAACAAGUGCUUCCUUGGCACUGUAGAUUAUAUCUGGCGGUCUGAAGGCCUUCAGACUGUUGGUGUGCUUGCUCCAAUACCAAAGGAUGUUAUGAUAGCAUAUGGCGGGUUCCCUACAAAGAAAUGGGGAAGCGAUCAUAUUGCCCUAGUCACAGAGUUGGCUUUCACUAAAGAUGUGAAUCCACGUAGUAAUCAAGAGACAGCAUAACCGAAGAUGAUCAGACGAUCAGACAUCGAUCAUCCUUCUCUUCUCUAUGUGGUCAUUGUCGUUUUUAUCUUCUCUGAUUGAUUUUAUUGUAUUCUUUCGAUUCUUUGGUUUCCCUGGCUUGGACCAUUUGUAACUUGUUUUGCUUCCCAUUUUGUUGAGACAAUCAAUAUGAGCAAGUGCAUAAUGAAUUAAUCCCUUUGAAUUAUUGCACGUAAGCUUCUCC